AUGUCUGGCAUCGAUCCAAAAGCUCGAAAGGCAGUCAACAACGCGCUCAUUAGCUCUGGAAGCGCUGCCGUCGGACAGUUGGUUGGCACCGCCAAAGCCUCUUCUGGGAAGCAUCACGAGAACAAAGAGGCGCGAGAGAGACGCAAUGCUGAAGAGAAGGUCGAGGCUGAAGAGAAGGCUGCUAAGGAGAAGGCAAACGCCGCUGUUCGUCCUCUCCUCCCCCAAUUCCCAGCACUCGGAGAUAGGACACUGCUUAUGUGCUAA